AUGUCACCAGUCGGCUUGGUGUUCGUCGGACUGAUCUCCGUUGCUCUGGCCAAGCCGGGCCUCAUCUCGGGCCCGUUGAUCGCUAGGCUGACCCCAGCCGCAUCGGUCGGGCUUGAUGGCAGAGUGUUGGACACGCCAGAGGUUGCAGUCGCGAAGGCGGAACACGCUGCAGCGCAACUGAACGAGAGGAUCAACCUGGCCAACGAAGCUGCCAGGUCAUCCGGGGUACUUCAAGCCACUGUGGUCAGGCCUUCCUCGUUGGUGGUCUCUGCGCCUACCGUUCUGAUACCUGGUGCACCUGUCGGACCCGAUGGUAGGGUCGUCGACACGCAGGAGGUCGCUAUCGCCAAGGCUGCUCAUGCUGCCGCGCAGGUCAACGAGAGAAUCAAUCUGGCCAACGAGGCUGCUAGGUCUGUGGCGGCGGAUGUGAACAGGCGAGUCGUACCCCUCGUGGCUAGCGGAUUGAUAGCCGCAAUUCCUGGGGCAGCAGUGGGCCCUGACGGAAGAGUGCUGGACACACCGGAAGUGGCGGCCGCGAAGGCAGCGCACGCAGCUGCCCAAAUCAACGAGAGAAUCUCUUUGGUGAAUGAGGCGGUCAGAUCCUCGGGAACUGUGGUAACCGCUGGACAAGCUGUGUCCGUGCCGCUGGUGGCGGCCAACGCUGUAGUCGUGCCAGGAGCGCCUAUUGGUCCCGAUGGACGAGUCCAGGACACAGCGGAAGUAGCCGUGGCGAAGGCUGCGCAUGCGUCUGCCCAUCUGAACGAGAAACUGAACUUGGUCAACGAGGCGGCUAGGUCCGCCGAUGUCCUCGCUAUCGCCAGCCCUUCUGUAGCCUACGGGAGGCUUGUUUAUUGA